UCUCCCCGUCUUCAUCCACGAUCCCGACCGUUGGGCCUCUCUGUUCCUUCUCUAAAUCACUGAAACCCUUCGUUUCUCUCUCUCUCAUGGCGAUCGCCGCCGAGGUCCCGCAAGAAGAGAAGUCACCUUCAAAGGUUCCUACAAUGGAGAAGCGCUGGACUCUCAGUGAUUUUGACAUAGGAAAGCCUCUGGGAAGAGGAAAAUUUGGCCAUGUCUAUUUGGCCAGAGAAAAGAAGAGCAAUCAUAUUGUGGCCUUGAAGGUUCUUUUCAAGAGCCAAUUGAAGCAAUCACAAGUAGAACACCAGCUACGGCGUGAGGUUGAGAUCCAGUCACAUUUAAGGCACCCAAACAUAUUGCGUUUGUACGGUUACUUCUAUGAUCAGACUAGAGUUUAUCUAAUACUAGAAUAUGCUGCGAAAGGUGAACUUUAUAAGGAACUACAGAAAUGCAAUUACUUCAGUGAAAGAAGGGCUGCUACUUACAUUGCAUCCCUUGCUCGGGCUUUAAUCUAUCUUCAUGGGAAACAUGUUAUACACAGAGAUAUAAAACCUGAAAAUCUUUUGAUUGGCGUUCAGGGGGAACUCAAAAUUGCUGAUUUUGGAUGGUCUGUGCACACAUUUAACCGCAGACGAACCAUGUGUGGGACCCUGGAUUACCUUCCACCAGAAAUGGUGGAAAGUGUUGAGCAUGAUGCCAGUGUAGACAUCUGGAGCUUGGGGGUUUUGUGUUAUGAGUUUCUCUAUGGAGUGCCACCAUUUGAGGCAAAGGAACAUUCAGACACUUACAGAAGGAUUAUAAAAGUUGACCUUAAGUUCCCUCCAAAACCGAUAGUUUCUGCUGCUGCAAAAGAUGUUAUUAGCCAGAUGCUCGUUAAAGAUACCUCUCAACGGCUUCCGCUUCACAAAUUACUAGAGCAUCCGUGGAUUAUUCAAAAUGCCGAUCCUUCAGGCAUCUAUAGAGGCUGAUCUCAGGACAAAUUCAUUCUUUUGUUAAUGUUGAUAGAAAAUGUUCACCGAGAAGUUCAACUGUAGGAUCAAUGAGUAUGUUAUGCUGUUGUACUUUGUUGCUUCAUGGGGCUACACACUGAUGACUCAGGAUUUCUGUUGAGAUUAUUGGUAUAACAUUGUACCAUUUGUUGCUCCAUCCUGUGAAAAUUGUGAGGGUCUGGUGGCGAGCUCUCAAUAUUUCCUUUUAUUUUUAUGUAUUGAUGUUUUUUUUUACUUUAUCGCCACUUACCCAUUAUUAGUUAUCAUCUUGUACUAAUAACAAAAAAGGUGACAUUUUUGGGUACUUAAAUUUUAUUUUCCUGAUGAGACUCUGUAUAGCAUUUCAUAGCUGGUGCUGAAAACUGUAUGCCAUAUGUUGAGGCUUUAAUAAGUCAUUUCUCGUGAGCUUUCAAAA